AAAACUCAUUAAAUAGUAAGACGUCAUUCAUCGUAUUCGGAGAAAUAUUUCAUGAAACGGCUAAUAUAUUUUCCAUCUUCCAUAAGCUGUCUCGAGGCUUACACGUAUUCCUCAGUUAUUUCAAGCCAUUGUCCAUCUUUUCGUCUUUAAAUCAUACGCGUCACUGUAAUUUAUUACGAACCAACCAUCUUCAACCCUUUGGCCGGCUGUUCUUUAAUAUCAUUAAGUAUAUUCCGCGUUCUGUACUGUAUUGAUUUUAUUUGCUCCGGUUUGUUUGAUCUCACAGGUAAUUCAUGCAGUGAAACACAAGUAGCGGAAUAAUCACACAAAAUAAUUGAGGGAGAAACUUUACUUAAAAAUGGGAUCGAGUCGGGCUGCGUCGGUCGAUUAUGGAGUGUUUGAACAUUCACCAAGUACGGAAGAUUUAGAGGAAGCGCUUUCGUCACAUAUGCAGUGGGAAGGAUUACUUUCUGAAAUAGGUGGAACAGCUUUGUUGGCAGGGCAAGAUGAACUGUACAUCCUUUGGCAGAAGUUAAGAAAUGAUGAGCCAGAGCUAAUGGAGAUCUUUCAAAACUUUCUUCGGAAAUCAGUAAGAGAAAUUGAGAAGAUGAAUGAUAAGUGUGAUGACGUCGUUAAAAGCAAAAAUGGUGUACAUACGGAUGAGAUGCGAAAAUUGUAUGAGGAAAUGGACCAUCUAUUGAUGACGGAGCGAGAACUACUUCGACGAAAAUACGAAGAAGAAAUGCAAUUAGAGCUUGAUAGGCAACUGGAAAUGCGACAGCAAGAAAUGCAUGAUCUUGUUACUCGCAAAAAAGAACUCGAAGUCUCUCUUCGAGAACUGAAUAAAAGAGAAAAAGAAGUUUCGCAACAAAAUAAUCAACUUGAGCAGAUGGUGUUUGAACUGAGUCGACACGAGAGUAAUAUUGUCACACAAAAUGAGUUCCUGAUAAAAGAAAACAGUGCACUCAAAACAAGGUUAGAUCAAUCGUUAGCAGGGCUAAAUGAAACGCAACAACUGUGCCUUCAACUACAAGACGAAACCGAGCGAGAGCGAGAAUAUUUUCAAAGGGAGUAUGAGGAAGUGGUGAUAGAACAUGAAAACAAACUCAGAGACAGACAGCAUUUGGAGUUACAACUUGAAAAAUUGAGGGAAAAGUACGAAAGUUUAGUUGAAGACAAUUACCAUAAGAAGUCAGAACCAAAAAAAGUUGGAGUUAUGCAAAUGAGCAGAGUUAGCAGUUUCAGUGACUGUGAAUGUGAUCAACAACUACAGGUGCGAUAUAUUCAGUACUUUUUAACCACAGAAUAUCUUGAUCUUUGCCUAUUCUUUAGAUUUCGCAGUAUACCUCAUGCUUACUUCCGUAAAGCAGACGGCGUGUUACUCCUUUAUGACAUUGCUUGUAUAAAGUCAUUCAUGAAUGUUAAAGGAUGGAUUGCACAUAUACGGGAUGUUGACGAGAACGCAAUACUUAUGAUAGUCGGCAAUAAAGAUGAUUUAGCACCCAAAUACCGAGACGUUGAUACUGAGGCAGCCAUUAAACUAGCUGAGGAAAAUGAUGCCUUCUUUAUCGAAGCGAGUGCAAAGACGGGCAACAACAUAUUUGAAGCCUUCGGGAAACUUGCAAGAGAAAUACAGAUAAGGGAAGAUGACAAUGUCAGUCGAGUGUAUACGUCACUUGUCGACCUUAAUCAGGAACUGCCAUACAUGAAGAAAUCAAAAUGUUGUCGAAACUGAAAUGAGCUACGCCAGUAAACUUUGUUUUUGAGUAGACGAACCAACAGUAUUGGAGAAAAUCACUCGACAGUAGACAUAUAAUGAAUAUCAUGUCAAUGUUCACAUAAGCCUACUGUUUGUGAAACAUGUUGGUUUCGUACGGUAUCAGUCAUCAUCGAUGCCACCAUAUGAUCAUAAUCAUUAUCGUCAUCGACAACACCACCACCAUUUCGUCGUAUCUCAUCACUGUCGUCAUCAUCACCACCAUCAAUACGGUCAGCAUUAUCAUCCUCAUCAUUAUCGUAAUUUUCAUCGUCAUUAUCAUCAACAUCAAACAAAGCGCCUACCGUCUUCCGACAUUAGUGCGUUCUACAAAUUUUCUUAAGGUAGAAAUUUGAAUCGAACGUCAACUUCGAUAGAACUACAGCAAUGAAUUAAGAUUUUGUGAAACUAUUGAACGACGAUUGAGACUUGUAGGCGUAUUUUAUAGGGCAACUUAAUAGGUUCUCAUAACUUAUGUAGUUUUUGCAUUCAUGUCAGAAACACGUAGAUAUCUGAUGAAUAUGUGUAGUGAACGCUCAUGACAGAGACUUUAAUUGAUUAUUGCACGUGGAACAGACGCAUACAUACAUGAAUGUGGACAUGGUCUCGAGAUAGGAAGACUGUAUAAUGCAUUGCCGUUUCGCUAUUGAUGGUCAUGCAAACUUUUGCAUGUAUACGUGUUCUGAGGGUCCCAAUUGAUCAGCUUUGGCUGGAGGACCACUCUCACAAUAUGCUGUCGAAAUAUAAUCAAUAAAUGAAAUAAGAUUGUACCAGUAACUUUAAAAUGAACAAAAAAAAAGUAAAAAAAAGACUAUAGCUUAACAAUACUUCUGAAGCCUUGAUCGUCGUAUGCUUGAUAAUUUAAAAUUCAUCCUUCGUUUACGCUGUGUCCUUUUUAAAGAUGACACAGUACUGUAAAUGUAUUUAUUACCGUGAACAAAUUCUUGCUCAUGCAUUUUUUUUUCCUGAUUGGCGAAUACUUUGUAUAUCUAAUGAAAUAAUAGGGGAUAGUGCAAUAAACGUCCCACAAUUUAUAGAGACAGAAAACGCUUAAGUUAAAGCUGUAAAAUAUUAGAAAAGGGUUCAAUAUUGUAGAUGGCGUGGUAAAUUUUAAGGAUGUAUUUUGUUCAUUUAAGACAGUUGGGACUGAAUGACUAAGUGACAAUAAUACAGUAUGUUCAUUCAGUGUUUUUAAAUGAGCUAUGUUACCAGUAGUUUGCUGAACCUGAACACUGUGUGUGUACAAAUGAGUAGCAAACUAUAUGGAACAAGGGCUACUGAAGAGUAACAGUAUUAUCAAUUUUACAGCACUUAAUUUAGGAAUGUAAUUUCUGUUUCAUACAUUCAACACAAUUUAGCAAGAAUGACCAAAUGUGAAUAUGUUUAUUCAGUGUUUUUAAAUGAGCUAGGAUACCGAGUAUUUUGCUGAAACUGAACACUGUGUGUCUCAACAAAUGAUGUAGCACAUUAUAUGGAACAAGGGCUAGUGUAACAGUAUUACGAAUUUGACAACACUUAAUUUAACAAUGUAACUUCUGUUUCAUACACAUUUUGGCGUUUUCUGUUCUAUUGACAAUGUGCGCAAUGAGACUAAUUCUUGACGUACAUUUGCGUAUUUCGAUAUAGACCUACUUAGGCUCCUUUUGAAAACUCUUCCACUUUUGACUGUGCUGAAAUAUGAUAAUUUAAACAUUCCAUCAAUAAAGAAAUAGAUUACAUUUCCAGACCAUUUAAACGAUACACAAUUCCAAAAUUCCAGCAUUUGUGAAUUCGAAAACUUUAUAGAAAAGAUAUUCAUGAUACAGGCUUUUUAUCAUGAUGUAACAUUCUUCCAAAAUCGUUGAUAAGAUUCUGAGAAGCACUUUUACUGAUCUGACAAAUAUUUUUGAAACAGACAUUAAGGUCCAAACUGUCCAGAUUCUGGAUUUGUCAAUGUCCGAUUGCGACAUAAAAGUUUAUUUUUCCGCCUAACCGUUUUUUUUCCUUAGGUUUUUUCUCCCACAUAUCUUCAUUCAGUUUACCAUUACGAAACCCGACCACGCCCACUUAUUUUUGAUAUCCCAUUACCUUAGAUAGAAAUUGUUCUAUUGAUGAAUUAAAAUUAUUUUCAAUUUAAAUUUUGGUUAGAAUCAUUCGGUUUUAGUGUUGUUCGUCCUUUUUUCCCCUUUUCCAUGUUUGGAUCUGUGAUACGGGGUGGAGGUUGCCAAAAUCUCUAAUGCAAACAAGGUCUUAUUACACCAAGUCCCUCAUGCCAUAAUAUUUAUCCCUGCCCUUGUAACAUCACUGCUAUUAUUUUCCUGGUUCAGACUGCCAAUGUUUCUUUCUCCAGGAGGAACCACCACUAUUGAUGCAUUCCUUUACCAAGAUUUGUCUGUAAUCUAUGACCAUCUAUAUUCGUCAUGUUUAACAUUCUAAAACUCACUUCAGCAGUCACGUAACCAGGAGGAGGGGAUGGGGAGGUGCUCACAGUACCUGAAUCCGAGUUCAAUGGAAAUAAAGGCAAAGCAAGUUACAUUAACAUUGACAGCCAAUUUAAGUCAUAGGCAUCGACAUGCUCCAUCCUAGCUUUGCGCCUUGCGUGAAGUUCAGUGGAUGUAAUAUUUCUAUUCAGCAUUCCCUUUCAAAAUCCUGGAUACGCCACUGCUUGAAUGUGGUUAAUUGUAUAAUACAUUAGAAUAAAAAUUUAAUAGCAAAGCAUGUACAUAUUCACGUUGUGUUGUAAUAAAUGUGAUAACAUUAAACAUGUACUAUAUAGAUAUUAAAA